UUGACCGGGGUGGGGGGGAAAGCAGUGAUGUAGCAUUUACACGGAGCAUUCUCGAAGAUGAUUCCAGAGCGCGAGCCGGUUUCUCUUCUCUGGUUGGCUAAGGAACCCUAGUAAGUCCUGAGAUGGUGGGAAAAAGUUAAGAGAGUUCAUAAAAUGGACCAGCAGGAUUCGAGACACGACUCAGCAAGCCUCGACAAGCCUUGAGAUUGGCGAAGCUUGACCGUCCCAAGCGAGCCACUCACCACCGGGCGAUGUCUGACUCUCCAACCGAGACGCCCCCAUCCUCUAAAAAAACUUUCUUUUCCGGGGGGGUUCGUUGCCACCUCGUCGUGUGUCGAGGGACGCGCGGGCACCGUGAGACCUCAGUCAGGGCGGUCGUCGGGACAGAGUACGGGGUUAACUUCCCGCAAGGCAGUCUAGAACGUGACCAGACGAGGAAGACCGGACAAGCAGACGAGAGGCAGAAGCAAUACUGGUAGAAGAUACGAGCCGACAGGGGGGGUUUCGCUGCUGUAACCAAAGGGCUUGAAUCUCCACAUUAACGACCUGCUGGCGUACUUUUUCCCUUUUCACAGCCCGGGCAUCCUCUCACUCUGUCUUUUUCCCUCCCUCACCCUCUCUCUCCCACUCUCUCGCUGUCUUUGCUCACUUUCUUUUUCCCUAUUUCCUCCCAUCUGCCAGGCCGAUCACUCCUGGCUCGCACUCAUCUCCAUGCUGGCGGAACCAUGCCGCUCGAAUCCCCCUGUCACCGUCGUCGAGUCCGCUGCCGCAUCUGACUUCGCCCUCUCUCUAUGACCCACUCCCGCUCUUCCUCCCCAGAUCACCCUGUACAUAUUCGUCCGAUUAUCAAAAUCCCUGACCCUACCGUCUUUCGCCCGCAAGUCUCUUGCGCUUCGUUCACUCCCUCUUCGACAUCGAAUGCUGACGCUGGCGGGGCGCUUCGUGUCCUCUCUUAUCCCCUGUUCCUCUCCCAUCCGACUCCUCUGCCGAUCAAAUCACACCUCCAAUCAACCCGGGCAUCAAGCACGCUUAUGGAGUCAACUCGUUUCCACCGGCCAUGGCUUUAGACUCCCCCAAUGGCGACGCGACUUCAGCCUCCCCCGCCCGGAAACGCUCCAUUCUAUCCAAGUUCACAAACCGAUUCGGCAAUCGAAACAGGAACAUUUCCGAGUUCUACAUUCAGCCAGAUGAUCCCUGGAGGUCGUACUCGCCCGGAGAUAUCGUGAAUGGCUCAGUGUGCUUGGUCGUCGUCAAACCCGUUCGGAUUACACAUUUGGUCGUCUGCCUGCAUGGUUAUGCGAAAGUCUACAAGAAUCCAGUCGCUCCGGGAGAGACAGCGGAGGACUCCGGAUUUCCAGGGACGGGAAGAGGGCGAAGAAAUGGCGAAUACCUCGGGAACGGUUUGGCUACGUUAUUCGAGGAUGAGAUUGUGUUGUGCGGCGAUGGCCGAUUGAAGGAGGGAAUCUAUAAAUUUCGCUUUGAGCUGUGCUUCCCUCCCUACAGCCUCCCGAGUAGUAUCAACUUCGAACGAGGUACAAUCUCCUAUGUGAUCACCUCUACCUUAACCCGUCCAACCACCAUUUCCCCCACUAUAAGCUGUGACAAGCGGAUCCUACUCCUCGAAACGAUUGAUAUCGCAAACUUACCCGCUCCAAAGCCCCGUGUCAUAUCCCUAGAACCUAUAUCAAAAAGGUCAAAGACAAGGUCGAAAACAAAGUCUACAUCUAGCGAAAUGCCCCGAAGGGCGUCGUCGCUCGAACCGCAGUCUUCUGACUCGGGCCCGCCUCUUAGCCCCGUACCAAGUGAAAGAAGCAAUUCAAGUUGCGUUAGUAAUAGCACCCAGAGCUUCCAAAUCGUCAGCGAACCCAGCUCUGCCAGGUGCGGCGCCCAACGAAACGAUGAUUUGUGGAGUGGUGCAACAUCUUCUGCUAGCCGAGAAAUCACUGCUACAACAAAGGUACUGCGCGCUGGUGUGCUCCCAGGAGACCUCUUGCCAGUGAAUAUCUCGAUCAAACACACGAAGCCCAUCAGAAGCCCCAACGGAGUCAUCAUCACUCUCUACAGGCAAGGAAGAAUUGAUAUGUAUCCGCAGUUACCGAUUGGCACGCCUGAGAAAGGGAAGAAACCCGUUUAUGAAGAUUACUACCCAAAGUCGCGCACUGGACUGGGUGGCCUAAGUUUUGGUGUGACGCGGACAAGCAGUGUCUUCCGUAAGGACUUGUCGCAAAUAUUCUGUGCAUUGAUCGUCGACCCCAACACCAUGACCGCCGAGAUUAAAACAUCGAUUCGUAUCCCGGAAAACGCAUUUCCGACGAUCACGCGUGUGCCCGGAGCGAUGAUUAGCUUCCGUUACUACGUAGAGGUGGUGAUGGAUAUCCGAGGAAAGCUGGCGGGUCAGGAUCGGUUUCUUCCAAGAUUGAACAUGAUGAGCAAUAAUUUUUAUGGCAAUGGCAAGAUGAAUACUGCUGCGGAAAUUCAGCGUGGCAUGACAACUUCCAAUGUUGCCGGCAACAUCCUUGACACCGAACAGGUUCGGAGAGAUAAGAGCGUCAUUGUAUGUCUUUUCGAGAUCGUCGUCGGAUCGAAAGAUAGCUCCCGUGGCCAGCGUCAAGACGCAUCUUCGCUUUCGGAUCAGAGCCACCAGCAAUCCACAUCGCCUGACGACCUGCAAGAACAACAAUCUACACCUCGCCAUACGCGAUCCGCCAGCCAAUCCCCGCCGCCCCACAACGGAUACGAUCCCGCGGGAACCUCACACUGGCCAGACCACCCUCCUCCGCAUAGCGACUAUUCCCCCGAUUUCCCCCCUCCUAUGUUUAUCCCACCCGCCCAGCCGGAAGAGAACGUUGACGAAAAGACGAGAUUACGCCGUGCUGAGGAAAUGCUUCUCCCCAGCGAGCCACCACCCCACGAAGGCGAUGUAGCUGGUCCGUCUUCCGCACCGCAUGGACUGCCACCUUCCGCGCCCGUCCUCUCUGAAGACGAUUCCAACUAUCAACCCGCAAACACCCGCCAUAAUCACAACGAUUUUAACCCCGUAAAUCGCAACACUUCACCUUCUGUAUCUGCCCCCUCCACGGAUACAAUUACGCCAACUUACUGCAUUACGAAUGAUCACUCACCUCCGUCAAUUCCUUCAGGCCAUCCUCAAGCUCACGCGUGGCCAGAAGCUGCCAGGAACAACGCAAGUUUGAAUAACACCGUACCUCAGUCGCGUGUUCAAGAUGACAAGCAGGAACUCGAGCGACAGCGUCUAUUAAAUGAAGCCAGCUCCCCUGGUGAUUACGGUUACGCUCCCAUCCAUGAAGGUGAUUUUUCAAACAACUUUGAACCAUCUGCGCCAGCUCUCACAGAAGAGGAUAUUUUCGGCCAUCCUGUCUCGGGUACACAGGCUGAAGUUGAAGGAGAAUCGUUGCCGAAAUACCAGCGCGGCAGUUGGAAUUCAUGACGAGGAGAUAGCUGCAAGGCGGGAAUAUUCUCAUGACUACCUCAUUUUGCGAUUUUCUCUUCUCGACGGAGAUAUCUCCUUCAUUUGAAUUUAUUUUUUUCGUCACAAAUCAUCUUGAUGCACACGGCAUAUCCAUUCAGUGGAUAGAAUGUUUGCCGUGGGAUUUUAUAUGUUUUGAGGAAAUAUUUAAUUGGCUAUUUGCAUGGCAGGGAUAUUUCAUGGCAAUCAUGUAUACCCUUGUGCUAUUUCUAUGUUGAUCUUGUUCUAUGUCAAUAUAGGUUUGGGGAGGGCAUGGGCCUGAUAGACAAGGUGUUUCUUUCCUGGUUCCUGGGUAUGGAGUGCUGUAUGGUCUUAGCACACCUGGGGAAAGCUGCAAAAAAAAAUCGAUAUAUAACGCUCGGUGAUUAGAGCUGGGGAGUUUCAUGGACCGCAACGAUUCACAUGCAUGGAUUUGUACAAGAUGCUUUAGAUUAUUGAUGUACCUACUUGCUUUUAUGCCCCGUGGCAGGUUUACUUACAUAAAUUUCUCACAUUUUGGGUGAAGAGAGCCCUUUGGUGCUCUGAGGUGUGAUUUUGGCUCUAUACUUUGGACAAGGUUUACAUAUAUCCCCGCUGUGCUUGUGAUAAUGAUGACCUGGCGUUUCCCAUGAGCCAUUGCAAUGUGUGACGCCCUCGGGCAGCUA